AUGUCCAUCCGAGGCCUGAAGAAGAAACAGCCAAAGACUUUUAAAGUCAAAAUUAUAACAGUGGAUGCUGAAAUGGAGUUCAGCUGUGAGAUGAAGUGGAAGGGAAAGGAUUUGUUUGAUCUGGUGUGCCGGGCACUUGGCUUAAGGGAGACAUGGUUUUUUGGCUUGCAGUACACACUGAAAGGAAUGUGCACCUGGCUAAAGAUGGACAAAAAGGUUUUGGAUCAAGAAAUCCCCAAAGAAGAUCCCAUUAGCUUACAUUUUUUGGCAAAAUUCUACCCAGAGAAGGUAGAGGAGGAGCUAUUGCAGGAAAUCACCCAGCAUUUAUUCUUCCUUCAGGUUAAGAAGCAAAUACUGGAUGAGGAAAUAUAUUGUUCUCCAGAAGCAACAGUUUUACUGGCUUCUUACGCUGUUCAGGCCAAGUAUGGUGACUAUGACCCAAAUUUCCAUGAGCCAGGCUUUCUAGCCCACGAUGAACUUUUACCCAAAAGGGUCCUCAGGCAGUAUCAGCUGACAGCAGAGAUGUGGGAAGAAAAGAUUACUGCUUGGUAUGCUGAGCAUAGGGGCAUUGCCAGGGAUGAAGCUGAAAUGAACUACCUGAAAAUUGCCCAAGACUUGGAAAUGUAUGGGGUCAAUUAUUUUCCAAUUGCUCAAAAUAAAAACCAUACAGAUCUGCUGCUUGGAGUUGAUGCCAAAGGUAUCCACAUCUACAGCAUUAAUAACAGGUUCUCUCCAAAUAAGUCCUUUGAGUGGAGUGCUAUCAGAAACAUCUCCUAUAGUGAGAAGGAGUUAACUAUUAAACCUCUUGACAAAAAGGCAGAGGUCUUCAAGUUCUUUUCUUCUCAACUCAAAGUGAACAAACUGAUUUUGCAAUUGUGCAUUGGAAACCAUGACCUAUUUAUGAGGAGAAGAAAAGUGGACUCAAUAGAGAUCCAGCAAAUGAAGGCACAAGCCAGGGAAGAAAAAGCUAGGAAAAAGAUGGAGAAUCAAAGGCUGGCCAGGGAGAAGCAGCUCCGAGAAGAAGCUGAGCGAGCCAAGGAGGAGCUGGAGAGGCGUCUGUUCCAGCUGGAGGAUGAAGCCAGGCAGGCCAACGAGGCUCUGCUCCGAUCCCAGGAAGCAGCAGAGUUGCUGGCUGAGAAGGCUCAGAUUGCAGAGGAGGAGGCCAAACUGCUGGCCCAGAAUGCUGCAGAGGCUGAGCAAGAGCGACAGAGGCUGGAGAUCACAGCUCUGAAAACCAAGGAGGAGAAACGGCUGAUGGAGCAGAAGAUGCGGGAGGCAGAGCUGAUAGCAGUGAAGCUGGUGAAGGAGUCUGACCGGAGAGCCAAAGAAGCAGAGCAUCUGAAACAAGAUCUGCAUGAAGCCAGAGAGGCUGAACGGAAAGCGAAGCAGAAACUCUUAGACAUAACAAGGCUUAAUUAUCCUCACAUGGUGAAGUACCCCCAAUACUUAGCAGCUGACACCAGAGAUGCCAACUUUGACAAAGGAUCCAUAAAACUGGAUUUGAAGGACAUUGACCUGAAGAGACUCUCCUUUGAGAUAGAGAGAGAGAGGCUGGACUACUUGGAAAAGAGCAGGAAAUUUGAAGAUCGACUGAAAGAACUGAAGUCAGAAAUUCAUGCUUUGAAACUAGAAGAAAAGCAGUCUGGGCUUUCCUCUCGUUGGAAGGAAGUACUGGGAUCCUUGGAUCGCUCCUUAGGAAACACCCCAGCAUGGAUGAAAACUUUGGAAACUGGAGAUUCAUUGGAUAUAAAUCUUCAAAGACCUUUCCCUGCUUACUCAUUCAAUACUACAAGCAGCUGGCCUUGUACCAACAAAAAUCAACACACAGGGCCAGUGGAAAAAUCAUCUUUUGAGGCAAAUUCCCUGCUUGCCAACAGCCUGGGCACAGGAACCAGAAAGCAGAUUAUAAAGGUUCAGCAGCAUGACUCGGAUGUGAUCUACAUUUCAAGGCUUCCUCACCAGACUG